GCGGUGCAUAGUUUAGGAGACCGCAACCUACACACAGUGGAGUGUGAGCGACCGCAAGGAUUACACGUGUUACAUAAAUAAAUAAAUUGUGAGCAUUGUUCAGUGUAUUUUGUGAUUUGAAUUUAAUUUUUGUAAGCGCAAAAUGGCUAUAAAAGGCAUAUCCUUAGAAGACGAGUACAAGAAGAACACGGGGACCACUCCAGAAGACAUCAAGAAGCUACGCGACUGGCUGAACACGCAGCCUCACCUGCCCGGGGAGUAUAUGACAGAUCUGGACUUGAUCCUGAUCUACCACUGCUGCGAGCGCAGCGCGGAGGUGUCCAAGCAGGUGCUGGACCUGCACUACACGCUGCGGACGCUGUUCACCAACUUCUUCAAGGACAGGGCCGUCGACAACAAGACUGAAGAUAAUCUUCAUAAAGUGUUACUACAACCGCUCCCCACGCGGUCAGUAAAUGGCGACGCAGUAUUCUACUGCCGGCUGCUGGACUACGAGCCAAGAAACUUCGAGUUCGCCAAGUCACUCAGGUCAGUGCUAAUGAUCCUGGACCUGUGGCAGUUCGAAGAAGGCACGUGGCCAGGGUUCGUGCUGAUCUUCGACCUGGACGGUCUGAAGCUAGGACAUCUCACCAAGCUCGAUGUGCAGACUAUACAGCAGUUCUUGUAUUAUUUACAGGAAGCCAUGUUAGUAAAAGUAAAAGGGCUCCACUUCCUAAACGCGCCGUCGUUCAUGGACCGGCUGAUGAUGAUGAUCAAGCCGUUCAUGAAGAAGGAACUGCUGGAUGUACUGAUCAUCCACCAGAUCGGAGCCAAGACCCUGGACAAGUAUGUGCCGAUGACGGGGCUGCCUAAGGAAGCGGGCGGCGAGUUCAAAACGUUUGAUGAAUGUAGAGAUGAAAUGCUAGCCAGACUAAGAGCAAACAAAGACUUCUUCAUCCAAGAAAAUAGGAAGAGAGUUGUGGAAUCCAAGCGACCUGGCAAGCCAAAGACCAUCUCCGAUAUAUUCGGUAGCGUGGAGGGAUCCUUCAAGAAACUAGACAUUGAUUAACUUAGAAAUACUAGCUUAGGUACAUAACUAAUGCAUUAUUAAAUAGUGUUGAAACUUUAAUCUUUGUUGUGGCCAUUAACCAUUUAAUAAAAAUGUUAUUUUAUUUUAAGAAA